AUGGAUAUGUGGGGCGUUGUGGUGAAAGAUCGGAGGCCGGAGGCGCUCGGCGGCCUGAGUUUCCUUCCGGACGAGAUUUUAUGCUCAAUUUUGACUUAUCUCACUCCUCGUGACAUCGGCCGCCUCUCUUGCGUUAGCAGUGUAAUGUAUAUUUUCUGCAAUGAGGAGCCACUUUGGAUGACACUUUGUCUUCAAAAUGUGAAUCGUCAGCUUGAGUAUAAGGGCUCUUGGAAGAAAACAACCCUUCAUCAAUUGGAGCUUCUGACUGAAUGUCCGCAAUCUCCUCCAAAGCCACUACAAUUUGAUGGCUUUUACUCUCUAUUCCUCUAUCGGAGGUUAUACAGAUGCUAUACCUCAUUGGACAGAUUCUCUUUCGAUAACGGAAAUGUGGUUAGAAAGGAUGGGCUUUCUUUACAAGAAUUUUCGGAACAGUACGAUGGACAGAAACCAGUUUUAAUUAGCGGCCUGGCUGAUAAUUGGCCAGCAAGGAGUGGUUGGACAAUUCAGCAGUUGUUGCAGAAAUAUGGAGAUAAAACAUUUCGAAUAUCUCAGAGAAGUACUAAAAAGAUUACUAUGAUGUUCAAGGAUUACGUGUCAUACACGCAAACUCAGCAUGAUGAGGAUCCCUUAUAUGUUUUUGAUGAAAAGUUUGGGGAAGUGGCGCCUGGCUUGCUUAAGGAUUACAGUGUUCCACACUUGUUCCAAGAAGACUUCUUUGACAUAUUAAAUGAUGAUGAUCGACCGCCUUUCAGAUGGCUCAUUAUAGGGCCAGAAAGGUCUGGUGCAUCAUGGCAUGUUGAUCCCGCUCUCACCAGUGCCUGGAAUACUCUCCUAUGUGGCCGUAAAAGGUGGGCGUUGUAUCCUCCAGGAAAAGUACCUUUAGGAGUAACAGUACAUGUGAAUGAAGAUGACGGUGAUGUUCAUAUUGAUACUCCAUCAUCCUUGCAGUGGUGGUUGGAUUUUUAUCCUCUGCUUUCUGAUGAGGAUAAGCCCAUUGAGUGUACUCAACUUCCUGGUGAGACAAUAUUCGUACCAAGUGGAUGGUGGCAUUGUGUACUGAACUUGGAAACCAGCAUUGCAGUCACUCAGAAUUUCGUAAAUACGAGAAACUUUGAGUUUGUAUGUCUUGAUAUGGCUCCUGGCUACCGCCAUAAAGGUGUAUGUCGUGCUGGAAUUCUCGCUCUUGAUGAAGAAAGUUCUGGGGAUGCAGAAAAAGAUUCAUCAAAACCAGAAAAUAGAGUGGGCGACGUAGACUUGAUCAGGAAAGAGAAGAGAAUCAGAAUGCAUGAGUCUCCAGAGGUCUUAAAUUAUCAAAAUGCUACUGAAAGCAACAACAGCAAUGAGGAAUUUUCUUAUGAUAUUAAGUUCUUAUCAAGAUUUUUGGAUAAAGAGAGGGAUCACUAUAGGUCUGAAUGGAGUUCAAGUAAUGUUAUCGGACAAAGGAACAUGAGAGAGUGGUUACAUAAACUUUGGCUGGGGAAACCAGAACUUAGAGAGCUUUGGUGGAAGGGAGCUUGUCUUGCUCUCAAUGCCGAUAGGUGGUAUAAUUGCAUGAUGGAAAUUUGUUCAUUCCAUAAGUUGUCUACACCUUCAGAUGAAGAGAAGCUUCCCGUUGGCACGGGCAGCAACCCUGUUUAUAUCAGCUCCAACAGUGUUAUAAAAUUGUUUGUUGAAGGUGGACUUGAAGCUUCAAUGUAUGCUUUGGGCACUGAGCUUCAGUUUUAUCAUCUACUACACCAAACAAACUCCCCCCUGAAGGAUCAUAUUCCUGGUGUUCUUGCCAGUGGAAUUCUCUUUAUUGGAGAAGGAAUAUAUACAAUCAUCCCUUGGGAUGGGAAAGGAGUCCCUGAGCUGCUUGAAAAUCUUGUUGGUACCCCAGAACACCAGAGAGAAGUUGGAUAUCAUUUUGGAAUAUGGAACAGAAAGCAUUUUGAAUUGCAAAUUGUUGGCUCAUUGCUUGAAUCAGGAAGUUCCGAGGGAUCCUCGACGGUACUGCCCUAUAUCAUAUUGGAAAGAUGUAGGGGAAAAAUCUUUGCAGACCUAAGAAACAGCCUUUCGUGGGAUGACUCUUUACGAUUAGCUGAAUUUCUGGGAGAGCAGUUGCAAAACCUCCAUAUUCUGCCUCUUCCACCUUUUAAUGGUUCAAACUUGCUGGUUGGCGAACAGAGAACAGGUCUUUCUCCAGGAAGUGGUCUAGUGGAUGAUACUGAAGCGAAGAUUAGCUUUCCUCCAGAAUUAAGUAUAUAUAUCAGGACUUUGAACAAAAAAAAGGAAAACAUUUCUAGUCGAUUGGCUAAGUGGGGUGAUCCAAUUCCAAGCACACUCAUCGAAAAAGUUGGCGAUUAUCUUCCUGAUGACUUUGGAAAGUUUUUUGAUGAGGGUUACACAAGCAGUGGAAAGGCUUACACCUGGAUACACUCAGAUGUGAUGGACGACAAUGUUUUAAUGAGACCGGCUUAUUUGAGCUCUUGUUUUGAGCAGAAUGCUUCUAAUUCAUGCCAAAUGGAUGAUGGAUCUGUUGAUGGCUAUGGGAAAAAUGUUGCAAACUUUUGGCACCCUUGCCACAUUAUUGACUUCAGUGAUCUUUCUGUAGGGCACCCAAUUUGCGACCUGAUACCAAUUUAUCUAGAUGUCUUUAGAGGAGAUACUUACUUCCUGAAGAGGUUCCUAAAAAGUUACAAACUGCCCAUAGUAGCUGGAAAAUCAGUAGACAGCACUCGGUUUGGACAAGCUUCAUAUCUAACAAUGUGUUUCUGUAUUCUGCAUGAUGAUAAUGUCCUGGGUGCUAUCUUCAGUUUGUGGAAAGAACUAAGGAUGGCCAAAACUUGGGAAGAAGUUGAGGAGAAAGUCUGGGGAGAUCUAAACCAGUAUAAAGGUUUCUGCUGA